ACGACUUUAUCACUUCUUCCAACUGACCACGACAUCUUCCUCUGCUGAAACAGUCAAGAUCAAUCUCCUCUUCCUUGACGCACUCGCUUUUACAUGAUCGUUCGCUAUAAGGCAUAACUCCAGUGCGAGUCACAUCCCGAGCUUGUUUACCCGCUUCGCGUACCCGAUCUCAGCUCUUGCGACAACACCUGCGCUCGUUCAGACACCGAGUCCAUGCCAAAUUUUCACACCUUCUGCUCAUAACACGACGAGGAUUGGAUAGAAGUCAUAGCCAGCGCAAGUUGGACGCUCAGCAGUACUGACAGAGCAACCAAAAGCCACUGCGGACCGAGAAGCCACCCCGAAGACAGUAGUGGUUACUUGCAUCCUGGCACAUACCAGCAACAAUGGCGCAUCAUCACAUGAAUCCUGAGCAGGAGCUUGAGCAGCGCAACCGCCUGCCGACUCUGAUGGAGGUUUUGGGGAGAAGGACAUUGGCUCCUGUGGACUUGUUCUCAUUCUACAUCUACAUGCGCGACCAACAGCGCUCAGUUGACUACCUUGAUUUUUGGCUCGAUGUCUCACAACAUAUGUCUCUUUGUAGGCACUACGUUCGAGAGUUGCGGCGGUCAAUGCUCGUAGACACGCCUGAGAUGGAAAAAGCCACAAGCAAAAGGUCUUCUGCCCUUCUGGGAGAUUUCGAUCUCGGCGAGGGCAUGGAUACAAGAAAGAGCGGGCAAGAGUCUAGGGUGUCGGCGAUCUUGCGAGGAGAUAAUGGAACUCGCAACAAGCCGACGAGCAGAGGCAGAGGAAACUCUUAUGACCAUUCGCCGGCCCAUAGCAUGGGUUCAUCACACUCAAGGAAUUACAGCCGGCCAUCUGCAGAUCGACCAUCUCCAUCCGAGCAAUUGCCCCAGCCUAGCUAUUCGACCCCAGAAGUCCGUACAGACUCGAAUUCGCCCGGCCAUAGUGUCGCUAGGGCCGACAUCAAAGCCAGUGCGGAGAAGAUCUUGUACACAUUCGUACUCCCUGGGUCAGAAAGAGAGAUUGUCCUGCCAGAUACAAUGCUGAACAAGAUCAUACGCGCUAUUGAGGAAGAAGGCCGUGAUGAUCCCGAAGUAUUCGACGAUGCGAAGGAUUAUGUCUUCCAGGCCAUGGAAAGAGAUGCCUUCCCUGGUUUCCUGCAGGCUAAGGCCCUAGGGAAUCUUGUGCCAUUGAGUGUAUUGAUCAGACUCAUUAUCGGUCUCUCCAGUCUAAUGGCUGGCUUCUGGGGCGGUUUUUACAUGAUCCUCAGAAACAUCUCGCGAAGUACGAGGUGUUGGCUUAUUCUGCCAUUCGUCAUCGGAUCUUAUUUCCUUGUGUCGUAUCAGUACAAACUUGAUAUUAUCACAGCAUACUUGGGCUUCUCAGAAUAUACGUGGAUGAACUGGUCAAGGGUUAGGGAACCUUUUGUCAGAAGGCUCCUCUUGACACGAGCCACCAUGGCGUUCUUUAUGUUCGCUGCUGUAGCUGUGGGACUAAGUGUGCUGUUCAUAUUCGUGCCUGGGACGAAUUUCUGAGCCGGCAGCACGCUUGGCCGAUGCACCGGGUUAUGCGAACAACGAGUUACGUCAAGGUCUCUUUUGGGCGUUAUGGAUAUCGGGACCUUUGAGCAAUGGGGAAUAGCAGGCCAGGAAUCUUGUACACAGUCGGUAUACGUUGUUGAUCUUGAAGCGCGGCGUUGAACACAAUCCCAGUUCAGGCAGCGCACGGAAAGAUUUUCUUUUCUUUCGAAAGAUAGUUAGCAAGUCCUUGCCUAGUGGGCAAGACUAAAAGGGAUGUUUCGGUUUGAUGAGGGUGAAUUGGAGCUUGAAUACAUAUCUGCUUUUAUACUUCUUUAGCUUCUGAUCCACGAGCAAGCUGGAACGAUGCUCAAAACUACCUCAUACCAGAUCAAUG